CCUUGUAUCUGUUUGUCUAAGGAGAAUUGCUGUUCACAUCACUCACAUGGUUAGGAUACUCAGUGGUAACUGGCUGAACAGGAGAGAUCAGUAUUUUUUUUAUUUGUCGUCCCCACCCCCCACCCCCAACAGGGUCCCAUUGUGCAAUCUUUUCUGGCUGGGAUUCAUUAUGUAGCAUUAUGUUGAAUGCAUCAUGAGUGUCUUGGGGGCAUUGACUGAUUAAUGUGCAUAAGCCAUCAUAUUUGAUGCAGAAAGAACAUUCCUCAUGAUUGCCUUGCUCUAGUCAGUUCCUGUGAGAGUCAUGGCUCUACUCCCCAACCCUGUAGCUGCAGUGUUUUAAAGUGGAGAUUUGGGGAAUAGGCUCUGACCUGCAGGUUUGCAUUUUUAUCCCUGCCUCAUGGCUCAGACAGAAUUUGUCACCACAUCUUUGUAUUUUCAGACAAAUAAAAGAAGAAUCAUUGUACUGACUGGUUUUUUGUAUCAACUUGACACAAGCUAGAGUCAUCAGAGAGGAAGGAGCCUCAACUGAGGAAGUGCUUCCUUGAGAUCCCGCUGGUCUGUUGACAUUCUGGGAUAUAGCUGUGGACUUCUCCCAGGAGGAGUGGGAAUGCCUGGACUCUGCUCAGAGGGCUUUGUACCUUGAUGUGAUGUUGGAAAAUUACAGCAACCUGGUCUAUCUGGAGAACUACUGCAUAUGUGAUCCUGUCCAUCAACAUGUGAAUAAUGAAAAGAAGUCUUGUCAGUGUCAUGAGCUUGGCAAAAUGCUUCAUGACCACCCCAAAUAUGCACUUUAUAGAAAAAGUGAAACUACAGGAAACUUUAAUAACUAUAGAUGCAGUAAUCACAGGGAUCCCUCUAUUGACUCAUCAAACCCAGACAGACAUGAAAGUGUGCACAGUGGAGAAGAAUUUUCCAAAUCUAAAGACUGUGAGAAAUCUUUAAAUUUGUGUUCUAACCUUACUCAAGAUCAGAGACUCUAUACUGCAAAGAAAGAGCACAAGCAGGGAGAAUAUAAUGACUAUUUUGACUCUACAUUCAGUCAUUUGCAACAAAAAGUCUACAUUGGAGAGAAACCACACCAGUGUGGGAACUGUGGGAAAUACUUCAGUACUGCUUCAAGCCUCACUGAACAUCAGAGAAUUCAUACUGGAGAGAAGCCUUAUAAAUGUAAAGAAUGUGACAAAUGCUUUACUGUGAAGUCAACUCUUACAAAGCACCAGAGAGUUCAUACUGGAGAGAAACCCUACAUGUGCAACAUUUGUGACAAAUCCUUUACUCAGUACUCAAGCCUUAAAACACAUCAAAGACUUCAUACUGGAGAGAAGCCUUACAAAUGCAAGGACUGCAACAGAUCCUUUACUCACUAUUCAUCAUUUACAAGACAUCAGAAAACUCAUUCUCUAGAGGAAUUGUACAAAUGCAAAGAAUGUGGUAAAUCCUUUCUUGAAUUAUCACAUCUUAAAAGGCAUUACAGAAUCCAUACUGGUGAGAAGCCUUACAAAUGUGAGGUAUGUGACAAAUCCUUUACUAUGUCCUCAAAUCUUAGAAAUCAUCAGAAAAUUCAUACUAGAGAGAAAUUUUACAAAUGUAGGCAAUGUGACAAAUCCUUUACCCAGGACUCAUAUCUUAGAAUACAUCAGAGAAUUCAUACUGGAGAGAGACCUUACAGAUGUAAGGAAUGUAACAAAUCUUUUACUGAGUGUUCAACUCUUAGACAACAUCAGAAAAUUCAUACUGGAGAGAAACCUUACAAAUGUAUGGAAUGUAGCAAGUCCUUCACCCGUAACUCACAUCUGAGAACACAUCAGAAACUUCAUACUGGAGAAAGACCUUGCAAAUGUAAAGAAUGUGACAUGUCCUUUAUCCAGAUUUUGAAUCUUAGAAGACAUCAGAAAAUUAGUACUGGUGAGAAAAAUAUCAUUGCAAAUAAUAUGAUGUAGAUUUAUCUCGAAUUCUUGCUUAGAAAUCACAACAAUAGAAACAAAUAUAAGAAACUUGUGA